AGUUAUCAAUCAAAAUAUAGUCUAUUAUAUUAUAUUAUAUUGAACAUAUGGUUCCUUUAAGACUCAGGAUGGAAUCAAGCAUUCCUAACCCUACCUGCUAUACAUAUAUCAAUCAUCUCUUCUUUCAUAAUCCAUGUUUAUAAAUUUUCCAGUUCCACCCAAGUCCCCUUUAUUGAUUCAGUAGUCCUGGCUAAUUCUCUUCUCUUCAUGCCUGGACUCCUUUAGCACGCAAGUCAUGGCCAAGCUCUUCUCCUUCAGCUGUAUCGCAGGCGAAAAGCAACCGAAUCAAGCAGAAUUUGCUGAUCCAACAACAAGUCAGGGAGAAGAAAGUGAGAAGGUGAUCAAGAGAGGUAAUAGGAUUCAGAAACUGAUCAAGAGCUUAUCGUGCUUACUGGAAGAGGAGGAAGAAGAACAAGAGCAAGAGAUGGUGAUCGGGUUUCCGACCGACGUGAAGCAUGUGGGUCACAUAGGGUGGGAUGGAAGCAGCAACAACAUCGGUAGCAACAAUAACAACAACAACAUCAUGGACUUGAAGAGCAGCUGCAGGAUGAAUGGACAUGAGCUCCUUUCCCUCGACUCACUGUCACUGAAGCAGUUCGAGGCCGCCAUGGCCUCGAUCACGGUUGCGGCUCAUCUUCGAUGAGGUGUGUGGCUCAGUGAUCAUCUGUUCUUCUGAUUCUUCCUUGUACUUGCUGUUGCUCUUGCUCUGCUUUUAACAAUGGUGGGAGGAUGUUAGCUUGUUUUAGUAUAUCAAUAAGGCCUUGGAAAUCUACUCUUUCUAUUGAUUUGGAAGAGGAAGAAAAGAUUCAAGUGAGUUCAGUUUAAUUUGUGUUCUCAACUGUU